UUUUCAUCCUCCAUUUCCUUUCAUUUCCUUUCAUUUCCUUUCACGCCCCUCCAUCUAACGACUCCUCACAACUGCUGCAGCCCUUCUCUCCCCUCCCUCUCCUCUCCUCUCUCGCCUUCUUGUCCUCGAUUCCCCAUCAUCAAUCGCCUUCUAAUGAACACAUCCGGCACAAUGGCCCACAGGAGCCGGAAACAACUCUUCCUCCUCUCCAGCUCCCUCGCCCUCAUCGCCACCGUAACCUUCACACCCCUCGCACAUGCCCAAUUCGCCCCCGUGGGCUCCCGCCGCAUGGGAUUCGCCAUGAUCAACGACGCUCUCUAUAUCCAGGGCGGUUUUGACACCGACGCCUCCAACCAAUUCAUCUCCCUCGAUCUGUCCACUUCCUGGUCGACCACAUCUCCAUCCUGGACACAACUCAAGGACGGACAGUCCACAACUCAUCUGGCAUUAGCCCCCAUCAGUGCAGCCUCCAAUGGUGGCACCAAGGGAUCAUUGCUGGCAAUCGGAGGCAUGAGCACACCCGUGUUCUUUAGUUCGUUCGAUAUCAACUCUGGGCAAUGGCAGAAUAUGACGGGGGUCAAGGCCCCCUACACCUAUUUGGAGGGACAUGCGGCGGUCUCGGAUCCGAAUACGGGGCUGGUCUAUAUGAUCGGAGGGUAUGGGGCUAAUAACACAUACAAUCAGCUGUCAGUGUAUGAUCCCAAGGCUAAGAGCAUGGCUUCACAGAGCUCGGCGACGGCGGCCACGAGCCUGACGGAUGUGGCUGCAGUGUGGGCGAGCGCGAGGAAUUCGGUAUUGACCUUUGGAGGAACAAGGGCCCCACCGGCGAACACGAAUGGACUGGGAUCUGGGGAUCUGAGCGAGUAUGUCCCUUCGUCAAAGACCUGGAAGACAAUGGUAAGGAAGACAAUUGAAACUACAAUGGGCUUUUUUUCUUUUGUGCGCGGAGAUGGUUUGGGGGGUAUGUCUGUGAGUGUGUGUGUGUGUGUGUGUGUGUGGUGUGUGUGAGAGAGAGUGUGUGUGGGUGAGUGUGGACCUGGUCUUUGUUUGUUUGUUUGAUUGUUUAGAUGAAUGAGAGACCACCGUAGCUUUUUUUGAGUC